AUGUACGGAAAUGCACGUGACCCUUCGCUGUUCGCUCGACUCAGAAAAGCACAAGUUGGCUGUACACUUAAUGGGGAACAGGAAUUCCUACCACUCGAUGUCCUUGAGAAGGAAAUAACCGAAGACAACGUCCGCGGUGCCUUAAGCAGAAACUCCAGUGUUGCUACCGCUGCUCUGAGAUUCUUGCGCCUGGCUAAUGACGACCAGCUGCCACGUAGGGUCGUGGAGAAGGCCAAGAAAGUCUUUGCAAUACUAGUGUACAUUGGAGAACCUGACGCUAUCAAAUCAUUGUUGGAUGAUGGGCUCACCGACGAUCAGCUUCCGCUUCACCUGGACGACGAAGGCAAUACACUUGUUUCUCAGUCAGGACGGGUCUUCAAGAGCUCCGCAACGGUGGAUGAGCAAAGAGUCGCAGCUUUUGUCGAAAAACAGUGGCUUGUUCUUGCUCCACUUCUCGAUGAUCAAGGCCUACACAACGAACUAGAUCGGAGAUGCCCCUUGCCAUUCGAGAGGGCGGAUCAGACUGGGCAUAUAUCUACCCGCGCAGUUUACAAAACCAAACUACAUCCCGCGCAUUAUCAGGGACCCAAGCACUUCGAAAGUAUGGAAUACGUAGCGACCAAGGAGUUCUUCAAUGACGAAGCUUUCGAGCAUGAGAGGAAAAAUCUGGAAAGGCUUGCAGCACUCCGUCACAAACACCUUAUCAAACACCUCGCCACGUUUACUAGACACUCCAAGCAUUUCGUCAUAUUCCCCUGGGCGAACGGUGGCACUUUGGCAACCCUGUGGCUCACUCAAGACACGCGCAUCAAAGACACUUGUUUUAUCAUCUGGUGUCUUCGACAAAUGCUUGGGAUAUCUGAAGCUGUCCAAGCCCUUCAUACAAUCAACUGUCGCCAUGGAGAUAUGAAGCCAGAGAACAUACUUCAUUUCACUGGGUCGGAUGAGGGUAUCCUGAUUGUGGCGGAUGUUGGUGUUUCCAAGACGCACGAAAAAGCUACACUGGCGCGCGCGGGUCAACCGACCGACACCCGAGCAACGACACCUAGCUACGAAGCACCAGAGGCGUUCAUGAAAGGCUCUGCAGCGAGAAGCCGGCGAUUUGAUAUGUGGUCAAUUGGCUGCAUCUUUCUGGAGUGGGCCAUCUGGAUCCUACACGACAUGCAAGCGAUAGACACCUUCCACUACGCCCGGCACCAGCCCUACUAUGAAUUCUAUCUCCUCAACAGGGACUCUGCCGAAUCGCCGAGAGUACCGGUGAUACAUCCCAUAGUGAGCGGAGCCUUUGGGUUGUUACGUAACGAUCCUCGCUGUGCAAGUGGCACGAUCUUUCGAGAGUUCAUCAACUUAAUCGAAGAACGCCUUCUUCAGGUCCAAGUUGAUCAACGUGCUGAAGCUGACGAACUAGUCGACACGCUCAGGUCUAUUGUGAGUGAUGCCGAAAAGUUUCCAGCUCGCCUGCUUAAGGACGUGAACCCUCUCCCGGACAAGCUCCGUUUUCCGAAGCGAACCCAAACCGGCGGGUUCGAGCCUGGGAUCAGCCCAAUACCUGAAGAGCACACCUUGUUAGCUUCUUGA